GUUGAGUCAACAGUGAGUCGAGCUAGAGUGAAACAAAACCGUCAUUUAUGGACACAGCAAUGCAGGACUAUCAUGGAUAUAACGCUUUUAUCUUUGGAUUGCUAAUGUUCAGGAUUCUUCAAGGUGUGUGUGUUUGGGCUGAUCAGAACACUGAGACACUGAACAGAGCUACUGGGAGCUCCUUGGAGCUAAAAUAUCCAGACAGGAAAAUAUCAUCCGCUGAGUGGAAGUUCAAUGGCAAAACGUUUGCUAAAUAUGGUUCAACUCGUAAUUACACCUUUCUACAAUCCCAAUUCAGUGGAAGAUUAAUAGAAAACCAUGAUAAAGUUGGAGUAACUAUACAAAAUCUUCAACCCCAAGACUCUGCGACAUUCUUAAUGGUUGCAACUUUUAAUGAAGUACAGCUUCCAACAAAAAUAUUUAAAGUGUAUAUUAAAGAUCCUAUAACAGAUGUGCAGAUUGAGAAGAAUCAGACAUGGAAAGUGUCUACAAACAGCUGUGAUGUUGAUGUGAAGUGUGCAGCGCUCGGAGCUGAGAGAAUCUCCUACCUGUGGAGCGGCUAUAAGACUGGGAGUGGAGCUCAGCUGCAGUUUAGUCUCUCACCAGCAGAUGGAGACGUGACACUGAACUGCACUGCAACUAACAACGUCAGCAACAUGACUGCUACAGAGACACUAAGGUGUAGAGCUAAACACAUAGAAACAGAAGCUUCAUUGUCGGUGCUUAAACUGAUCAGUAGUCUAGUAGCGGCCUCUCCCUAUCUGCUGGUGUCCAUCAUUCUGGGUGUGAAAUGUCACAGAGCUCAUGGCCAUCAAAAAAGCAGGCAUGCUGUAACAGUGAUUGACGAAUGACACAGCAGGAAUUUUUCGGUUCUCAAAAUGUUGUAGUAACUUUUAUUUGGUAAUGUUUUAAACAAUGAGACCACUGCACAGGUGCCUUUUCCACGUGCUUUGCAUCACCCACAUUGUACAAAAAAUGCCCUGACGCCAAAAAAACGAAGUGCUAUGCACAGAAUGUUUUCUAUCCUAAGCGCAGACCUGCUGUUUGUGACAUUUGCAAUAGGCGGUAAAUUACAGAUUCUCUUAAAAAUCCAUAACGCUCUUUCAAAUAAUCAUUAGAAAAUGAAAAGACAUCAAUAUGUCUUUUCAUUUCAGGUCUUAUAUCUCUCUUCCAUGUAAUCGUAUAAUUUUUGCCUCCACGUCCACAGGAUCAUCAUCAAAAGGGCGAGCCAUGCUUAAUAACCUUCU